AUGCAGAGCCCCAAGAUUCACGGUCGACCCGCUGAGGAUGCUACUCCCCUCAAGACCUCUUAUGCCACAACAAAGAAGUCCCACGACCCCUGGGUUCAUUUGUUAGCCGGCGCGAGCGGUGGUUUCGCAACUGCUAUCGCCACAUCUCCCCUCGAUGUCCUGAGGACACGUCUUCAAUCAGAUUUCUACCAACGUCCUACUCCCUCUUCCGCAACCUCCGCCGUGGGCGCUAUCCCCAAACACACGAGCCACAAGACCGCCCGAAUCAUCAGCAAUAUCUACCGAGCAGAAGGAUGGCGAGCAUUCUUCCGCGGUCUCGGCCCUAGCCUUGCUGGUGUGGUCCCGGCGACUGCUAUUAAAUUCUAUGUUUAUGGAAACUGCAAGCGGAUCGGUGCCCAACUGUUAGGAACGGGCGAAGACUCAACUCUCGUACACGCGCAGGCCGCCAUUUCCGCGGGAAUCGCGACGGCGACAGCCACGAAUCCGAUCUGGUUGGUCAAGACACGACUGCAAUUAGAUAAGGCCCAAGCAGCCACCGGAGCCCGCCGGUACAAGAACAGUCUGGAUUGUGUCCGCCAGGUGCUUCGCCAGGAAGGCAUCAGCGGCUUGUACAAGGGACUUAGCGCGAGUUAUCUGGGCUCUUUGGAGACCGCGCUUCAUUUGGUUCUUUACGAACGGAUAAAGACUACUUUGCAUAACUCGCUUGGCUCGCCGGAUGGCAAGGAUACCGCUACGCAGAAGGAAAUCACGAGCUGGCUCAGCACAACCGGUGCGGCGGGAUCCGCUAAGUUUGCUGCUGCCCUUAUCGCUUAUCCUCACGAGGUCAUCCGAACACGACUCCGCCAAGCACCCAUGGAGAACGGCGUCCCCAAAUACACCGGCUUGGUGCAGUGCUUCCGACUCAUCGCCAAGGAAGAGGGCAUGGCCGGUCUCUACGGAGGCCUGAUGCCGCACAUGGUCCGCUCCAUUCCCUCGGCCAUCAUCACCCUGGGCGUCUACGAGUUCGUUCUGCGAUUCAUCGGCACAUCGGCAUAA